GCCUUUUUGUAUUUGAUUCUUCAUUUUGAUUCGAACAAAAUAUCUUUGCAAUUCAUUGACACAACGAGAAUUAAUUUCUACUUUCUGAAUCCGUAUGGAAGUUCAAUUGAAGAGACCACUCACGCAUGUAAAAAUUAUAAAAACUGGAUGAAUUUACGAAAAGAAUGCGAAAACUGGACACCAACGGUUACUGAACAUCCCAUUCAGAGGGAUGGAUCCAGUUGUGGAAUUUACGUGAUAAAGUUCGCUUGGAUGAUGCUGGAAACUAAAAGCAUCCAUGUUGUUUCACCAAUCGAUGAAAGGGCGAAAAUUGCCAGUUGGGUGAUUCAGAAUUCCGACUGCGUGGAGACGUACUGCAGUUUUUGUGGGGAGACGGGAGAAGCAGAAUGGAUUGGCUGUGAUGUGUGUCCACGCUGGUUUCAUGCUGGAUGCUACAACGGAGAUAUUGCGGAGAUAUUGGACGUACUUUGGAAAUGUCCAGCAUACGAGGCCGGUUGGCAUUAAAACGCAUUUGAUGUAAAAAUAAGUUUCAAAGGGUUGCCACUUGACACUAACAAGUAGAUCAAAUGGCCAU